AUGAACCUACCACUGGUAGUAUUCCAGUGGCUUGUUGUCGCGUGGGAUGCCGUCCAAAUUGAACUCAAAGGCACGUACUCUCCAGACCGCGUUCUCGCGCUGCAUGAUUAUAGCAAUUUGACUCCCUGGUGGCGGAUCGUCUCGGUCAUUCUCAUCUCCCCACUACCGUGUUUGAUUUACGUCUGCCUGCCCGAGACGGUGAAUCUGUCUCCACCGUCGCUCGGAAUGGGAAGCAACAAGACCUUCUUUGGGCGAUUCUUCCUCUCCUACACAAUGUGGUGUUUACUACAAAUGCACAUGAUCAGCGAGCGUAUGCCACUAUUAUCUCUUUCCAAGACACAGCUCGUCAUUAGCGCUGUUACUGUCGCCAUACUGUCUACGGGUAUCGAGCUGCUGUAUUCCUGGUGGAUAGGAUUCCCCGUACCAUACACUAUCCAUAUGAUGGCCGUGCCGUACGUGUCGCUCAUGUUUUUCGCGCUGGCCAUUGUCUGGUAUCCUCACGUGCGGCAGAACUUGGGUCUCUUAUGGAAGAUUGCCGACGCCAUUUUGAUAUGCGUUUGUCAUGGGCUUAUGGACUCCGGUAUCGAGAGAACUGCGUUUAUAAUGGUGCUGCCAGUACUGAAGACCUUCUACAGAGCGCUAUUCUACUACCUUUGUCGCUUCGCUAGUGGUCAACGAAUCACGAUUGCUGUGGUCUUCAAUGCUGACAUGGUGAACGCUCUGUUCAUGAACUUCUGCAUGCAGUACCAGCCAUCAUUCAUGACCACGGCCAGUCUCAUGGCUGCCAACACGGUGCAAGUGAUUCUGAUGACCCACGACAUUGACGUCAUUCGCAAGCAAAUUGCACAAACGACGAAAAGAAUCAUAAACCUGACGAAGAACGAUCGCGGCGAUCGCGUAGCCACUUUGAGUAUGCUACCUAGGGCUGUCGACAUAUUCCAGAGAUACACUUUCCAUAAUUCCAGUGAUGAUGCGCAUCAUACUCAGCUAACGAGUACAAUGAAAAUAACGGUGGUUCCUCUUGGUAAUUCCGCUUCGCAGCUGGGUCCUACCACUGACAUUGUAGUAGGAACACGAUCCGAACUUGAACAGCUCGAACAGAAGUACGUCAGUCUCGUGCGGAAGCUCAUGUAUGCAUCCGAGUUCUCCAUCCUCACUGCCUACGCUGAAGUCAUCACGCCCAUCGUAUACUGUACCGCUGUAUUUGGUCACAUGCCCAACCGUGACUACUAUAGCCAAAUUGCAAGCAUGGACUCGAUACAUUUGGCGAAGACGGUUGUGAAUGUCUUACUGUACAGCCUCGUGGAACUCGGUGCAUUCACUGUGCUCACCCAGACGCUCAAGAGGCGACUCAACUUCUCCACAAUGCAUCAGCUCGCAUUUGUGCUCGAUCGACAUGUGAUCCAUGUUCAAACUGCAAGUAUACUAUGGGUGUUUUACACGACUCAGAUAUCCCUCGAGCACUAUGGCACGGAUUACUCAUUCAAGUUUGCGUGGCUGGAGAACAAUUCGACUGGUACGUAG